GACAGAUAUCUGGGUGAAUGUCGCUGAUAGCAGAGCAGAGUGGAAGGAUAUCCUCCUCAGACGCAUUAGAAGACUGCGACAAGAAUGGACCGAUCAAAGCCACAGGUGGAGGUGUUCCACUACAGGAACAAGGAACAGUCCUCCUCCCUGCUGCUGCAGCUGAACCGUCUGAGACAGGACAGGAUUCUUACUGACGUGCUGCUCUGUUCAGACAACACAGAGAUCCCCUGCCACCGUAACGUCCUGGCCUCUAGCAGUCCUUACUUCACAGCCAUGUUCUGUCACCACUUCAGAGAGGCAAACCAGGACAAGGUGGAUCUCAAGGGGAUCACCUCCAGCAUCCUGCGUGACAUCGUGGACUACGUCUACACAGGGCUCAUCACCAUCACCAUGGAGAUAGUGCUGCCCCUUAUGCAGGCUUCCUCCAUGCUCCAGUACACCAGGCUGUUUGAGGCCUGCUCCUCUUUCCUGCAGGAGCAGCUGAGCCCAGACAACUGUCUCAGUAUGAUCCGGCUGUCAGACAUAUUACACUGCAGCAGCCUGAAGGAAAAGGCCAGGGAGAUGGCAGUACAGAGCUUCUCUGACGUCUCUACCUCUGAGGACUUGUGUGAGCUCUCCUUACCUGAGCUGAUGGGUUACCUGGAGGAUGACUGGCUCUGUGCCGAGGAGGAGCAGGUGUUCGAGACUUUACUGGCGUGGAUCCACCACGACCCGUUCUCCCGGCGCGGCGCCAUCUCCGACCUCUUCAGGAAGGUGCGUCUGCGUUACAUUCAUCCCACCUACCUGUUCCAGUUCAUCGCCAGCGAUCCCCUCGUCCAGUCCUCCACGCUGUGCACCGAGGUCAUCGAGUCCGUCCGACGCCUCAUGUUCUCCAUCACUACCAAGUGUGGGUCGGACCUCAAGCCCCUGUGGGUGACGCCGCGGCGCUUCACCUGCCGAGAGACCCUGGUUCUAGUUGGCGGCCGCAAGAACAACGAGCAGACGUCUCGCGAAGCACUCCUGUUCGACGAGAGGACUCAGCGCUGGCAGUGGCUGGCCAAGCUGCCCUUACGACUCUAUAAGGCCUCCUACGUCUGUAUCCACAGUAUCUUGUAUGUUCUGGGAGGCCUCACCAUGAACACCAAGCACAGAGUGGUUAGCACCACUGUCUAUACGUUGUCUCUGAAGACUAACCAGUGGAGGACGACCGAGCCCAUGAUCCAGCCUCGAUUCGCCCACCAGUCUGUCUCCUACUUGCACUUUAUCUUCGUCCUGGGUGGCCUGGGGCCGGAGAAGCAGGUGUGUGACACGGUGGAAAGGUACAAUAGUAUGUUCAACCAAUGGGAGGCUAUGGUUCCCAUGCCGACGGCCGUGCUACACCCGGCGGUUGCCGCUAACGAUCAAAGGAUCUACAUGUUCGGGGGAGAGGACGCGAUGCAAAACCCUGUCAGAAUGAUACAGGUGUAUCACAUUGGCAGGAAUAUGUGGUCUAUGAUGGAGACCAGGACAGUGAAGAACGUUUCUGCACCAGCAGCUGUCAUCGAUGACAAGAUCUACAUUAUCGGAGGCUACACCAGAAGAAUGAUAGCGUACGACACCAAAGCCAACCGCUUUAUGAAGUGUGAGAACCUGAAGCAGAGGAGGAUGCAUCACGCCGUCACGGUGCUCGACGCCAAACUGUACGUGACCGGAGGACGCUUCAUCAACGGACAUGACGUCAUAGAGGACUCCGACAGCUUCGAGUGCUACGACCCGAAAACUGACGCGUGGACGACUAAAGGGACGUUGCCGUACAAGCUGUUCGACCACGGUUCUCUGUCCCUGGUGUGUGUCUCCAACACAUCGAAGCCUCCCUGAGCGUGUGUUGUGGGUGUGUGUGUCUGUCCCCUUCAGAUGAUACUCUGCCCCUACCGAGCAAAAAGACAUGAACUGCUCAUAGUGUGGAACUGAGAAAAAGGUCUUUUAUUUACCUUGGUUUCACAGUAACUUUAUGCAGUUACUUGUUAACGUUGACCCCCAUUUUCUCCAAUAACACAAUACAAUCGAGGCAGGAUACUUGUCCACAUGAUUAAUCAUGUAUUUAAUGUAGCAACAAAAAAAAAGAAGAUAUUAACUCAUUUUGGACCAAAUGAGCAGUUCCUGCCUUUUUACUUGGUCGGGCAGUACUGUCUUUGCAUGUGUCGCUGCUCGGAUUGCUUGGUCGGGCAGUACUGUCUUUGCAUGUGUCGCUGCUCGGAUGUGACACUGACAGACACACAGAUGUUGCAAAGAACAUCUCUGGUGUCCUUUCCUGUCCCACAAAUCCCCUCAAUGGGUGACCGUUUGUCCCAGCAUCGAAUCUUAAAUCAAUUGAGAUUUUUUUUGAGAUUUUACUUCUUGUCGUGUGGAAGCGAAGACCCGGGCAGUUAAUUGUUGUGUCGAACUGAAGGCUAUAGGUGAUUACAGUACUGUAGGUUAUAGGUGAUUACAGUACUGUAGGCUAUAGGUGAUUACAGUACUGUAGGCUAUAGGUGAUUACAGUACUGUAGGUUAUAGGUGAUUACAAUACUGUAGGCUAUAGGUGAUUACAGUACUGUAGGCUAUAGGUGAUUACAGUACUGUAGGUUAUAGGUGAUUACAGUACUGUAGGCUGUAGGUGAUUACAGUACUGAAGGCUAUAGGUGAUUACAGUACUGUAGGCUAUAGGUGAUUACAGUACUGUAGGCUAUAGGUGAUUACAGUACUGUAGGCUAUAAGUGAUUACAGUACUGUAGGCUAUAGGUGAUUACAGUACUGUAGGCUAUAAGUGAUUACAGUACUGUAGGCUAUAGGUGAUUACAGUACUGUAGGCUAUAGGUGAUUACAGUACUGUAGGCAAUAGGUGAUUACAGUACUGUAGGCUAUAAGUGAUUACAGUACUGUAGGCUAUAGGUGAUUACAGUACUGUAGGCUAUAGGUGAUUACAGUACUGUAGGCUAUAGGUGAUUACAGUACUGUAGGCUAUAGGUGAUUACAGUACUGUAGGCUAUAGGUGAUUACAGUACUGUAGGCUGUAGGUGAUUACAGUACUGUAGGUUAUAGGUGAUUACAGUACUGUAGGCUAUAGGUGAUUACAGUACUGUAGGCUAUAGGUGAUUACAGUACUGUAGGUUAUAGGUGAUUACAGUACUGUAGGCUAUAGGUGAUUACAGUACUGUAGGCUAUAGGUGAUUACAGUACUGUAGGCUAUAGGUGAUUACAGUACUGUAGGCUAUAGGUGAUUACAGUACUGUAGGCUAUAGGUGAUUACAGUACUGUAGGUUAUAGGUGAUUACAGUACUGUAGGCUAUAGGUGAUUACAGUACUGUAGGCUAUAGGUGAUUACAGUACUGUAGGCUAUAGGUGAUUACAGUACUGAAGGCCAUAGGUGAUUACAGUACUGUAGGCUAUAGGUGAUUACAGUACUGUAGGCUAUAGGUGAUUACAGUACUGUAGGCAAUAGUACUGUAAUAACAAUACCAAACCCAUUCGGUAGGCCAAACAUGAUGUGAGACAGUAGUCUCUGGUAACAGACUGUAGCUAGCCAGCGCACGCAGGAUUUGGUUCUGGGUUCUGAGAUGAAUGAGACAGUAAGGACGUUCCCUGUGUUACUAAGCAUCGUCACAAACCCAGGGUGGUGUGCCAACAUGAUUCAGUGACUGUUGUUUGAGAACGCUUUACACUGAGCGUUCAAAACAUUAGGAACGCUUUAUACUGAGCGUACAAAACAUUAGGAACGCUUUAUACUGAGCGUACAAAACAUUAGGAACGCUUUAUACUGAGCGUACAAAACAUUAGGAACGCUUUAUACUGAGCGUACAAAACAUUAGGAACGCUUUAUACUGAGCGUACAAAACAUUAGGAACGCUUUAUACUGAGCGUACAAAACAUUAGGAACGCUUUAUACUGAGCGUACAAAACAUUAGGAACGCUUUAUACUGAGCGUACAAAACAUUAGGAACGCUUUAUACUGAGCGUACAAAACAUUAGGAACGCUUUAUACUGAGCGUACAAAACAUUAGGAACGCUUUAUACUGAGCGUACAAAACAUUAGGAACGCUUUAUACUGAGCGUACAAAACAUUAGGAACGCUUUAUACUGAGCGUACAAAACAUUAGGAACGCUUUAUACUGAGCGUACAAAACAUUAGGCACACUUUAUACUGAGCGUACAAAACAUUAGGAACGCUUUAUACUGAGCGUACAAAACAUUAGGAACGCUUUAUACUGAGCGUACAAAACAUUAGGAACACAAAUGUUGAGUUGCACCCCCUUUUUCCCUCAGAACAGCCUCAAUUCAUCAGGACAUGGACUCUACAAGGUGUUGAAAGCGUUCCACAGGGAUGCUGGUCCAUGUUGACUCCAAUGCUUCCCACAGUGGUGUCCAGUCGGCUGGAUGUCCUUUAGGUGAUGGACCAUUCUUGAUUUACACGAGAAACUGUUGAGUGUGAAUAAAACCCAGCAGCGUUGCAGUUCUUGACACAAACCGGGGCGCCUGGCACCUACUACCAUACCCCGCUCUUAAAUAUUUAGUCAUGCCCGUUCACCCUCUGAAUGACACACAUACACAAUCCAUGUCUCAAUUGUCCCAAGGCUUAAAAAUCCUUCUUUAACCCGUCUCCUCCCCUUCAUCUACACUGAUUGAAGUGGAUUAAACAAGUGACAUCAAUAAGGGAUCAUAGCUUUCACCUGGAUUCACCUGGUCAGUCUAUGUCAUGGAAAGAGCAGGUGUUCUUAAUGUUUUGUCCCCUCAGUGCAUAUUUAUUAAUAACAUUCCCCUGAAGUGACGUGGAUGGAAUUAGUCAUAUUUUAGUGAGAAUUUAUAACCAAGUGAACGGACAUCAGAUUUAACAAUACCAUAUGCACGUGAUAAGAAUGACAUCAUAGUUAUAUGUGAAGAGUGAUAGGGCGAUUGCUCUGUUUACAUGUAUCUCUUAACUGUGUGUGGUGACACCGUACAAAUCAUUUGCUGACAGAUCUAUGCGAUCGCCUCAUAUAAAUAUUUUUUCAUUUGAAGUGAUUUUAUAUUCGUGUUUGUUUUUGUAAUUUUGUUUAUUAAUAAAAAAUAAAAAAAUGUUAUCACAAA